UGAAAUUGUUUUUCUUUUGGUUGCUGGAUGGAUUGUUGGCAUCAUUAAUUUAAUCCCUUUUUUUCUUUAAGAAAGAACAAUAGAAAAUGACAAAUUGACUUGCAUGAAUAAGAAGCUUGAGUGUUUGUUUUUUUUCUAUGUCUAAGAAAUAUGUUUGGAUUGAUGUAUCUUAUCAGAUAUUGGCGCUGUUUUGAUCGAAUAAGAUUUUUUUUUUUUACAGCAAAAUUUGAUUUAACGAAAAGCAAGUAGUAAACUGCUAAAGCAGACUUGAAGUUCAGGCCUUCAUGGUUGCUUGAUAUCUGAGUUAGAACAUAAAAGGAAAAAGGAAAAGGAAAAAAAAGAAUGCAAGGUGGUGUGGAUUUCUUGAAUUGCCUCGAUGGUGACUUAUCCAUAAAGAUUCUUAUGUCUUUAGAGGAUCCAGCUGAUCUUGUUCGCCUUGGUGCCGUCUCACGUUCCUGGCGACAUUUUGUGAUUACAAAUGGUCUAUGUAAGAAUCUGUGCCGGAGAAUGUUUCCUCAAUUAUCUAGACUUGAUUGUGUCAAUGAGCUAAUUGGCACUGUGAAAAGGCAUGCUGAAGCUGGACCCAGCAAUUUUAUGGAAUGGGAAGCUUUGGAGAGGGAGCAUAGAGUUUUUGCCUUUUUAGCUCGAGGUUGUUUGUCAUUUGGCCUCAGGGACUGCAUCUCAGAAGCAAUCAUCGCUUCUAGCACUGAUAAUUAUCCAGAGGAAAGCAUAGAUAAUACUUUGGAACCAAGAGAUAGGGUCGCACGGAUAGCUUCAUACUGGUCGAGUAAAGGUCAAAGUAACCCUGAAGUGCCUGAAACGCUGACAUAUAAAUUGGCCGCUGAUUUGUGUGUUAUUACUGAUAUCAAUAUACGCCCUUUCCAAGCGUACUUUCAGUUCGGUUACCCUAUAUAUUCAGCAAAAUCUGUGAGAUUUCGCACGGGUCAUAUCAAAUCCUCCGUGGACAAUCUUGUGGAUGAUUCAGGCCAGGGUUCUAGUGAUAACAAGUAUGCAUGGACUUACACCUCACAGGAUUUUCCAAUGUCUCAGGAAAAUAGGUUGCAGAAUUUCAGGCUUCCAGAACCUGUUCUUUGCAUUGGUGGAAUCCUACAGGUUGAGCUGUUGGGUAGGGUCCAGAGACAGGACAUGGAUGGCUUGUUCUAUAUAUGCGUGUCUCAUGUUCAAGUUUUGGGACGCCCACUGUCACCGGGUUUCAAUGUUCAGGUACUUGAACCCUCUGAAAAAUUUGUGCUGGAAGUGCUGAGUUAUGCAGAACCUACUGUACCUGAACAGCCAAGUUCUGUUGCCAAUUUGCACGCGCAGAUUGUGAAUCUAUUGGGGGGCAAUGUAGAUGUGGAAUACGAGUAUGGAUGGGACAUGGAUGAUGAAGAUUCGGAUGAGGAUGAAGAGGUAGAUGAAGAAUAACCUCCUGCUGCUUUUUCUGCCCUCUCCUUCGAAACGUUAGUAGGAGGUCGCAUAGAAUCUAUAUUUUCUGAAACACUAGGGAGAGUGUUGGGCUACGCUUUGGCUUAUAGCUCCUUUGGGAGUGUUAUGUAACCUCGUUACCGGAUUAGUUCUUCGGGUAUAAUAUGCUAGUGUUUUCAAUAUUUAUAAGCUUUAUUUAAGUUAGUAUGAUCUCAUCAAGUUGAUUCAUAAACCACCUUUAACCAA